CACAAGAAAGAUCGGUGCUGGCGAUGGAAACUAUGCAAUUCUGCAUUUUUGUUAAGGCUAACUGACAAGUGAGGGUGAGCAAACAAAACAUCAAUAACUAUUAACUAACAAAAUAAAGAAACAAAGAAGCUUUGUGACUGCGAACAUAGAUGUACAGACACACAACACAACACAAACUACAAACGUAGCUUAUUGUUAUUUUUCCUUAAUUUCUCCGCCUACAGAUAAAUUCUUUGGUUCUCUACAUUUCCAUCCUUCUCGGGUGAUCCAAUGGCGACCCUUUUCCAGGGAUUGGGAGCUGUCACGGCAUUCUCUCCCUCCAAUUCAUUUGACUCCAACACCUUCCUCCUUCCUUCUCGUAGAUCCCUCUCAGAGAGGAAGGCUGGGAUUUUUGUUGUCAGAUCUGAUGCAAGGGUAAGCCAAGUCCUGAAGACAGGAGUUCGAAAGCAUGAAUUGUUGGUUACUAAUGCAGUUGCAACAAAGGGAGGCAGUUCCGUGGCUUCUACAUCAAAACCUGGGCAUGAACUUCUCCUUUUUGAAGCCCUACGUGAAGGCUUGGAAGAAGAAAUGGAGAGGGAUCCUUGUGUAUGUGUCAUGGGUGAAGAUGUAGGUCAUUACGGAGGAUCUUACAAGGUGACUAAAGGACUGGCCGAAAAGUUUGGUGACCUUAGAGUUUUGGACACCCCUAUUGCUGAAAACUCAUUCACAGGCAUGGGCAUUGGAGCUGCCAUGACUGGUCUGAGGCCAGUUGUUGAAGGCAUGAACAUGGGGUUUCUACUUCUGGCAUUUAACCAGAUCUCUAACAAUUGUGGUAUGCUCCAUUACACCUCUGGAGGCCAGUUUAAGAUACCAAUUGUCAUUCGUGGACCUGGUGGAGUUGGGCGGCAACUUGGAGCAGAGCACUCACAGAGACUGGAGUCAUAUUUUCAGUCAAUCCCUGGAAUCCAGAUGGUAGCUUGCUCAACUCCUUACAAUGCCAAGGGCUUGAUGAAAGCUGCAAUCCGAAGUGAGAAUCCUGUGAUUUUAUUUGAGCAUGUUUUACUUUAUAACCUCAAGGAGAGAAUUCCAGAUGAAGAGUAUGUAUUGUCACUUGAAGAAGCUGAGAUGGUUAGGCCUGGGGAGCAUGUCACAAUAUUGACCUAUUCCAGGAUGAGGUAUCAUGUUAUGCAAGCUGCCAAGACACUGGUGAACAAGGGGUAUGACCCUGAAGUAAUUGAUAUCAGGUCUUUGAAACCAUUUGAUCUUUACACUAUUGGGAAUUCGGUGAAGAAGACGCAUCGGGUGUUGAUUGUGGAAGAGUGCAUGCGGACAGGUGGAAUUGGUGCUAGUCUGACAGCUGCUAUCACUGAAAAUUUCAAUGACUAUUUGGAUGCUCCUAUUGUAUGUUUAUCCUCUCAAGAUGUGCCAACCCCUUAUGCUGGAACAUUGGAGGAAUGGACAGUAGUUCAACCUGCUCAGAUUGUGACAGCAGUUGAGCAGCUUUGCCGGUGAUUACUACAAAAACACAUACAAUUAGGACAUAAUUUUUUGGUAAAGCUGUUGUGCUUGUUAAGUUAAUCUAGAACUUUCAUCGUGAUUUCUCUUUCUUUCCUUUUCUUUCACUUCUGAAGUCUAAACCUCCAAAACUUUGAAUUGUUAUUUAAUUUCUGUUAUCCUUUGCAAUUUUGUUAAAGAAUAUUUAGAACUGUCAUCCCUAUCCAACUCUUUCUCAAUUUGUUCAUCUGCAUCAUUGUUUAGUGUGUAAGAGUUAGGUAAAGCCCUAUAACUAGGAAGGUAUUUGUAAUCAAUGCUGAAGGCAGCAAAUGUUUGCUAUAGACUUAGUUUAUUUUGAAUUCAUUUGUAUGGAUGUAGUUUGCUUUCACGGAUUUUGAAUUUAUUAUAUUGAAUUUUAAGAGUUAGACUU